CGAGGCCACUUUAGUAAUAAUCGCGGGCGUGCACUUUGCAUGUGCUAAUCGCGCGAUUCCAUUCAUUCACUGCCCGUCCCUGCCGAAUUCAACUGGUGCUUGGUCCCGUGAGGAGAUUUGCAUGUUAGGCGACUCUAAUAUUAACAAAGACUCCAAUUGGAUUUAAUUCGUCGAGUUUCUUACGCAACAAAAAGAACAUGGAUUUGGAAACGUGUAGUCCAGUAGUGUCGCACUUUAAGUGGCCGGACUACUUGGUUUGCUUCCUGAUGCUCCUGGUAUCGGCGGCAAUUGGCGUCUAUUACGGUUUCAAGAGAAAGGAGUCGUCGACCAACGAAAUCCUGAUGGGUGGUCGAAAGAUGGCAACUUUUCCCAUGGCAAUGUCUUUACUUGCAAGCUUCAUGUCUGCGAUAACGCUGCUGGGCAACCCCGCCGAGAUGUACAAUUACGGCACACAGUUUGUCAUGAUUGGGGUGGCCUAUUUCUUUGCCACGGCAAUCGCUGCCUAUUUAUUCAUGCCGGUGUUCCACCGACUCGGUCUCACUUCAGCCUACGAAUACUUGGAGAUGCGGUUCAGCAGGUCUGUCAGACUCUUUGGCUGCAUCACGUUCGUCAUUCAUAUGGUAUCUUACAUGCCAAUAGUUGUUUACGCACCAGCACUGGCACUAAAUCAAGUGACCGGAAUAGACACAUUCGCAGCGGUAACGGUGAUUUUCAUCGUCUGCAUUUUUUACACGUCCAUCGGUGGAAUCAAAGCUGUGAUCUGGACCGACACAUUUCAAGUGAUGAUGAUGUUCGCUGGUAUGGUUGCAGUCGUGAUCAGGGGCAAUUCCGACGUCGGCGGCUUCGGAGCCGUUUGGAGCGCAACGCAGCGAUCCGGAAGGGCCGAGUUUUUUAAUCUAGACUGGGACCCAAGAGCGAGGCAAACGUUGUGGAACAUGGUAAUCGGCGGCACUUUUCUUUGGAGCAGCACUUACUCGGCCAACCAAGCGCAAAUUCAACGUUACCUCACUGUGCCGACUGAAAAGCAGGCCAUCAACGCACUCUGGAUUAAUGGUGUUGGCCUAGUUGUCCUGUUGCUGGUUUGUUGCUGGGCGGGCCUCGUCAUGUACGUCAAAUACGCGGCCUGCGACCCUUUGGCUGCUGGGCUCGUAAAGGCCUCUGACCAACUGAUGCCCUUGUUUGUCAUGGACACGAUGGCCGACUACCCCGGAGUGCCUGGUUUGUUUGUUGCUGGAAUUUUCAGCGGCGCCCUCAGCUCUGUUUCCACCGGUCUUUCGGCUCUUUCCGCGAUCACUUUGAAAGAUUUUAUUGGCGGCUGCUUCGGAAUUCAGAUGGAGGACUCAAAAGCGGCCCGUUUGUCCAAAUGGAUAAGUGUUGCUUAUGGAAUGCUCAGUUUGGGGCUUGUUUUUGUCGUCGCGCAACUAGGUGCUGUAUUGCAGGCAGCCCUGAGUGUUCACGGAAUAGUCGGGGGCCCCAUAUUAGGCGUCUUUUCCUUGGGUGUCUUUGUACCUUGGGUUAAUUCAAAGGGUGCAUUUGCAGGUGCAAUUACAGGCUUGCUUUUCAUGUCAUGGAUGGGCGGCGGUGCCCAAUACGUGACAGCGUUGGGACAAAUGCAGUUCCCAAUGAAAGAGACCUCGGUGACCGGAUGCAAUUGCACCAUCGCCGACCACCUCCUGAGCAACCAAACCAUCCCAGAAUAUCCUGACGUUUUUCCGAUAUUUGCCGUGUCCUACAUGUGGUACGCGAUCAUCGGGUGGCUAGUGACCGUUGUGGUGGCCAUUGUUGUCAGCUUUGCCACCGGAUUUUCCAUUCCUAAGCACACAGACAUCCACCUCCUGUCGCCGGUUUUCGUCCGACUGAUGGACUCGCUCAGCCGCGAGUGGCAGACCUCGCUAGGCUGGCCCCACAAGGAGGAAAGAAAUGCGAGGAAGCAAACAGAAAUGCAACUUCUCAACGCACAGUGAAUAGAGAAAUUCUCAUUUUUUUUUUUUAUAAAAUUAAUUAUUAAAUAAUAAAUUUUUAAAGUUAAGAUGACCUUCUGGAGUUUUUAAUUUUCACUGUAAAAAAUUUAUUUUUCAAUUAAUUAAAAAUUCAAUACUAGAAUAACAUAUCUUAACUUGGAUUUAUUUUAAAUCUGAUGUAAUUGAUUUUUUAUAGUAUAAUUCCUGAUAGUGGUAAAAAUUUGCAAGGUAUAUUUUGCUUAAAUGUUCCAAUGUUUGCUGAAAUUGAUUUGGUUUCAUUAUAAAAAUACUUUUUAUAAUUUUUUAGUUAAUCUGUUGAUAUAAUCUAAAGACAGUGAAAAUGAAUGAGUAGAAGACGCUGUUGUGGUAAAUAAAAGAAGAAAUUUUUAUGCCAUACUAUAAAACUCUAGAAAUUCUUUUUUCCUUUUUCCAUUGUUGUUCCACACUGAUGCACUUUCUGCACAUUCGGAGGGGUGCUGAGCAUCGCCCGGAAAGAAAUUUUAUGUAUAAAAAUUGAAAUUUUCCUGCUUUCACGCUUCGGCAAACCGAGUUUUUUUCCAGCACACUUAGCCUGUCAUCGUGCGGUGGAAUUUUUCGCGCGUUUCUGGUCGUAUUAUCUUGAAGGAGACACACACACCCGCUUUGUGAGGGAUCCACGUGCGAAAAGAGAAAGAUGAGCAGGUAGGGUGAGUACGUAGGCUUUUUGUCGAGCACAGAUAACAGCCAGGUUGCAUAACCCUCGACAACGGCUCGAGGGAGGUUUUAUUGUUGUCGGCUGAUGAUGUAGUCUCUGAGGGGGCGAGAAAAACUUGAGGCCCGCUUUGAUAAUGAAACUCGCACCACCGGGCUUCGCACCAAAAUUUCUUUGCGACGAGAGUGUGAGAAAGAUGGAGGUGUCUGAAGCUUCUUUUUUACUUUCACUUUCGGGCCAUUUUUAUACACCGCAAUUCAUGAAAGAUGAAAGAGAGAAUUUUCAAAAGAAAAAUAAAACAAAGACCCCUGUACAGUAAAAAUUAUGUCAAGAAGAAAAUUAACAAGGAAACGGCGAUGAGAUGAUUUUGAGACAUA